ACUUUCCCAUCUGGUGCUUGAGAUGGUAUGCCUUGGCUGUGGCAUCGUGUAAACCCGAGUCUACCCAAAAUUAUGUGGUGUUAGUUCAGCUCAGCUCAACACUCCAAGAAUUUUUUUAGAACUGAUCUUGACCUUUGAAGGCACCCUCCACAAAGUGGAGAUCUCGUUCCAGCCUCUGUUUUAAUUUGUCCAUGGCGACACACCCGCGAACGAGUCAAUGAUUCACAGGGAAUUGAAAACGAGAUAAUCUGCAGGGGGAAAAAAAGCCAAUCGACCAAAAGACCGAUCUCAGACUUUUUGAUCGUUAAACUGCAAUGCAGGAAAAUGGAGAACCAGAGACGGAGGGAUGGAGGGGAUUAUGUACGUGGGAUGAAACGCGUCUUCCCCGCCAUGACAUAAGGGAUCUGCUUGGCCUUAUCGCCUUAGGCCAGUUAAGCGCAGCUUCUGUCGCAGCCAAUUUCAGCGGUCAGCGACCGAUUGUCUUGGUAUAUCUCCACACUUCAGCUCGCCUUUUCGAUGGCUUAAUUGCAGCCUGGUGAUUCCUUUGAUCGCCAGCUUAUGUCCACAAGAAGGUGAUCCGGUUCCUUUUUUCCCGUGGUCCCUUUUUCUUCGUUCCUUUGGAACCCAAAAAGACUUUGGAUCUACCCCACCAACACCCAGCGCACUAGCAUCAUGAAGGCAACUCGAAAUAUCUACAAAAAUGACGUCGACUUUACGACGCUGGCUUUGCAGUCGCCUGAUUUCGCCAAAUAGUAUGUCUAUGAUUGUGGUAAUAUUUUA